UGAUGGGCCUAGGCCCGUGCUUUUUAAAAAACAAAAAUGGAUACAUUUUCAGAAGCUUCUUCGCAUUUCAACAUAAUCCCACUCCUUUAACCAGAAAAAAAAAAUACAAAUAUCUUGCUUAGGGUUUUAGACUCAGACAAGCUCAGCUACAACGCAGGUUACAAGUCACAACAAUGGCUUUCUUUGGUAAACUUGGGAGUAUUCUACGACAAUCUACAAACAGGAGGGUUAUUUCAGAAUUGCGUCCGGCUCCAUCUGUUUUCCAGGCUAUAAGAUGCAUGUGUUCUGCUCCAACCACAAAGCUUUUUAUAGGGGGUAUUUCGUAUUCGACUGAUGAGCCAAGUUUGAGGGAAGCUUUUUCUAGAUACGGCGAAGUGCUUGAUGCUAGGGUAAUUAUGGAUCGCGAAACAGGUAGAUCCAGGGGAUUUGGCUUUAUCACAUUCAAUUCAGUUGAGGAAGCAUCUAGUGCUAUUCAGGCCUUGGAUGGUCAGGACCUUCAUGGUCGUCGAGUUAGGGUAAAUUAUGCUAAUGAAAGGCCUCGCGUAUAUGGUGGUGGUGGUGGUUACAGUGGAGGUGGCUACAGUGGUGGUGGAGGUGGUUACGGUGGAGGUGGCUACGGUGGUGGUGGCGGCUAUGGUGGAGGUGGAGGUUAUGGGGGUGGUGGAUAUGGUGGAGGCAGCUCUGGACCUGGUGGUUACGGUGGAGGAAGUGAUGCUGGCAAUAAUUAUUCUGCUCCUGGUGGAAGUGGGGCGAGUUAUGGGAAUGAUGGCAGCAGUGGUUUUCCCGCUGACUUUGGUGGUGCAGUUAGUGAUGCUGGCUCUGCUGGUGGUUAUGAUGGAAGUGGGGGGUUAGGAUUUGGCAGCAGUGGACACCUUGAUAGCAAUGACAGUGGCAAUGUAAAUGAGGAUUUGGGAAAUUUUAAGGAUGACAAUGAUGACGACACUGAUAAUUUUGCCAAAAGGGCCUGAUGGAAUUUUAGUUUGUAUCCCUGUACUACCUCUAGCAUGCCCCUCUUAAACUUCAAAAGACUUCAGCAAGAUACUGAUUUCUGGCAUGGUAGUUGACCUACAAAACAUGGCAGAGAAUGUUAUCGAUCUCAAGCAUAGGUUUUCCCUUAUCUCUUUAAGCUAGGGUCAUCUCAUUUUUACUGCUAAACUUGAGGUGAUUUAUCAUUUGACUAAAUUGAGAUACUUAAACAGCAUGUAAAAAUCAAUGAAGUGUUUGCAACAAUUAUCCCACUGUGUGGGCAUUUUAUUUA